AUGAAAAAAGGUAAUAUAAAGAAAGUGAAUACAGCUAGGGCGUACCCCAGAAGCGACGUGAAUGAGAGAAAUGCGAAGUAUGCGGAUAAUGAAGAAUAUGCUAGGGCGUUCCCCGUAAGCGACGAAUAUGACAAGAACGAAAAGUCGCAUAUUUUAAUACAAUCUAAAAUAAGAUUAGCUACGUGGAAUUUGGGCACACUAACAGGAAAGGGUCAAGAGCUGGCGAAAGUAUUACAGGCACGAAAAAUUAACAUAUGCUGCCUACAAGAGACCAAGUGGAAGGGGUCGAAGUCACGAGAUCCGGGACUCGGAUACCAGCUCUUGUAUUGUGGCAAUACUAGCAUGCGAAACGGAGUUGCCAUCGUCUUGGAUGAAAACCUCAAACAACGUAUUAUUUAA